UUGGAAAAGGCCCAAUCCAAGUCCGAGGACACGCUGCGAACUUUUUGACUUGACGCCGUCCCGAGUCUCUUAUCCUCCCGUGCUUUUUCCUACUGCCCGCCACAACCCCCGACGCCUUCGUCUGGUCGUACUCGGAUUACUCGUGCCAGACCGCCUCUCCUCCUUCCCACCUCACCCCGUCUCCCUGUGUGCUCUGGACGCUUCUUUGGACGAAGCUUCCAUUCGGCUUCCGUCAGACAAUUUCCAUCUCCGAACCCCCCUCCCCCUUCCCACCUCGGCCGGAUUGCGCUGCGAGAUCCACGACCAUCACACGGACUAGCCUUUCAGCUACAUGAGACGUGCAUGACCCCACGUUGAAGUUUUCUGCUAUCUGUAUCUCUGUAUAAAAGAAGCAGCCAACAUGACAGGUCGAUACUCUUUGCGCCAGACUCCUAGGAAGAAGGAGCUCUUUGAGGGCAUGGUCGAGACACCUCGCCGUGCUUCUUCCAGGCGCAAGUCUCCCGAGGUUACCACCACUGCAGAAGUUACAGAGUCGAAGCCCCAGACCCGUGCCACCCCGAGACGGCGCACCACUGGCAAAUUCAGAGAGGAGAUAUCGGAUGACGAGGUUGAGAAACCCCUUACGAACGGUCAUGCCAACGGACACGCCAAUGGACACACAAACGGGCACGUCAAGGAGGAGGAGCAUGCCGUCAACGGCAACGGUCACGCCAUCAACGGGCACCUUGAGGUGAAGACGGAGAAGACCGCAGAAGCCAACGGACACAUCCACUCCGAAACGAACGAGGUGCUGCCCGCCUACAGGAAGGGCGACAUUAUUGACGGCUGGGAGGUCGGCACAGACCCCAAGGUUGACGCCUCGGGCGAGUUCGAGUUCGGCGGCAGUAUCGGCGCACUCUCGCUGAUGAUCGGUUUUCCCUUGCUCAUGUGGUAUAUGUGGAUCGGAGCCACCUACUAUGAUGGCAAGAUGCCUACCCGCGAGCAGGGCCAGAGCUGGGGCGAGUUCGGUCGCCACCUCGUGGACCUCGCCUACACCGGCGCCUUCCCCAGCCUCCGCGCCUGGCGCAUCUACUGGACCUUCUUCGUCUUCGAGGGCAUCUGCUACUGCGUCCUGCCCGGCGUCUGGGCAUGGGGCAAGCCUCUCGCCCACGAGAACGGCAAGCAGCUCAAGUACUUCUGCAACGCCUAUGUCAGCUUCUACUUCACCAUCUCCGUCAUGGCUGUCCUCCACUUCACCGGUCUCUUCCCCGUCUACACCUUUAUUGACGAGUUCGGUCCCCUGAUGUCCGUUGCCAUCCUGAGCGGCUUCCUUGUGUCCUUCAUCGCCUACUUCUCCGCUCUAUUGAGGGGUGCCCAGCACCGCAUGACCGGCUAUCCGAUCUACGACUUCUUCCUGGGAGCCGAGUUGAACCCUCGCAUGUUUGGAAUCCUGGACUUCAAGAUGUUCUUCGAGGUUCGCAUCCCCUGGUUCAUCCUUUUCGGCCUGAGCUGUGGCGCCGCCGCCCGCCAGUACGAGAAGUACGGCUACGUUUCGGGCGAGGUGCUCUUUCUGGUCAUGGCUCACUACCUGUACGCCAACGCCUGCGCCAAGGGCGAGCAGCUCAUCGUUCCUACCUGGGACAUGUACUACGAGAAGUGGGGCUUCAUGCUCAUUUUCUGGAACCUCGCCGGCGUGCCGCUCUCGUACUGCCACUGCACCAUCUUCCUGGCCAACCACCACCCCUCUGAGUACAAGUGGAACCCCUUCGCGCUCGCCCUCCUCUUUGCGUCGUACCUCUUCGUCUACUGGGUCUGGGACACGACCAACAGCCAGAAGAACGGCUUCCGCGCGCAGGAGCGCGGCCAGCUCGUCAAGCGUCGCACGUUCCCCCAGCUUCCCUGGCAGACUGUUAAGAACCCAAAGACAAUCACCUCGGCCAAGGGCGAUGUCAUCCUCGCCGACGGCUGGUACGGCUACGCCCGCAAGAUCCACUACACCUGCGACGCCUUCUUCGCCAUCUGCUGGGGCCUCAUCACGGGCUUCAAGAGCCCCUUCCCCUGGUUCUACCCCGUCUUCUUCUGCGGCAUGAUCGCCCACCGCGCCGCCCGCGACAUCCACCGCUGCCGUCAAAAGUACGGCGACGCCUGGGCCCAGUACGAGCGCGAGGUUCCCUACCUCUUCAUCCCCUACGUCAUCUAAAUGACGCAAGGCUCUCUGACAUAUUAGCCCUCCCCUUAACAAUUGGCGUCUAAUGCCACGGCCUUUGGGCCAUUCUUUUCUGUAAAUAAAUGCUUCAUUCACCUGGAAGGAGCCGGUCGGCGGGACUGCUUUGACGCUGGAGGUAAUCGAGGCUAAAAAGCUACGGGAAACGGAAAACAAAAUGAUGCCGGCAUCUGACGUGGAAACGAUGCCGACACACAGAUCUCUUGUAAUCAUACACACAAGCGGUGGCGCUUUUUCUCUGUCUUUUUUUAUUCUUUUUUCUUUAUUUUGGUACCACCGCGGCUUUCUUUGUACAUAUCAUCCACAGUGCGCGCUGUGAGUUACGGAUCUGAUUAAAAUGAGUGAAAUGU